UUGAAUGCUCUCGCUGCGUCGACGACGGAGCGGCAGCGGACUAUAGUAUAGCGUCAGCAGCGUCGAAAGACGAGCCCUUCAACGAACGAUGGCCGAACCUUCGGCGCCGUCCAAGCCAGCCCACGAGGGAAGGCUCUUUAUGGAUGCACAGGAUACAACCAGGGUGCAGGAAUCCGAUGGCGGCUUCUUCGAAGACUUCACUGCCCUGUCCUGGAAGCAGGAAAACAGGCGACUCCAGGCCACGAGAGAGGACGAGGCGGACAAGGACAAGCCAAUCCCGACCGAGGACGAACUGGGCAUCGCUCAUCACGACUAUGAAAUCGGAAAGAAAGAAUGGGACGAACUGUACGUGGAGGUGCUGUACACGGUGGAGCACAAGCUGGGCUGCGGCGGCGGCGGCGCCAUCGGGCCCGGGGAGCUCCACGCGUACGCCCAGCGCGCCUUCAACAUGCCCCCGGAGAGCCACCGGCGCCUGCUGGCCCUGGCCAGGGAGGAGAAGCCGCCCAUCCCCGUGCUCAACGUCACCGUGGUCGAGGCACAGGGACUGGAGGCCAAGGACCCUAACGGCUUCAGCGACCCCUACUGCAUGCUUGGCAUCCAGCCGGCAAGCAACGACACUCAGCGCCGUCGUCGACGCAGCAGCAGCGCAGGCGGCGGCUCCGACGACGAGGUGGUGGUGGUGCAGAGACCCGGCGGACCGGCGGGCAGUCCGCGGCGGUCCCUGCGCAAGCUGGGCGCCUCGUUCAAGAAGAAGGAGCCCCGCAGCGGGUCCCUGGAGAGCGCCACGGUGCCGGCCAAGUUCAUCCGGACCACGACUGUCAAACCGGCCACCCUCAACCCCAGGUGGAACGAACGCUUCAGGCUGGACAUCGAUGACGUGCAUGCAGACCGACUUCACCUCGAUGUCUGGGACCAUGACGACGAGAGCUCGGUGUUCGACGCGGCCCGCAAGCUCAACGAGGUGACUGGCCUCAAGGGACUGGGCCGCUACUUCAAGCAAAUUGCCCAGUCGGCCAGGGCCAGCCCAGUCGACACCGUCGACGACUUCCUCGGAUGCGUCAACGUAGCGCUUGGGGACAUUCCGUCGUCGGGAGUGGACCGAUGGCUGCCCCUGGAAGGUCGCACUCACCGCUCGAGCAUCCAGGGCCAGAUCCGGCUCAAGCUGAGCCUGGGCACGCGAGAGGACCGCGGAAUGACGGCCUCCAUCGACGACAACUGGAAGGAGGUGGUCGAGCACCAGGAGCUGCUUUGGAUCUUCAUCGAGCACGAGCUCAGCCUCCAUGAGGGGCCCAGUCACGAUUGGGCGGGAGAUCUACCGCGGCCUGCGCUGACCAUUCUGCACCAGCACGCCAUUCAGGGCGAUCUCACGGAACUGCAGCAGGCCAUCUGUCGCUGGGUGAUGUACUCCAGGAAGCACAUGGGGGUAUCCUUGGACUACGCGCUCUUGUACCAGCUUCUGGAUGACCUGGACAAGGCAUGGGACGACACUGAACGGCCAUUGUCCAGAGACGAGCACUCCGGAGCAGCAUACGACGGUGAGCAGUGGAAACAAGAAGAGGCGGGUAACGGUGACGUUGCCGAAGACACGGCGGAGUUCACAGUCCAAAUCGUCGCAGACCGUAAACGCCGAUUCCGUUCUCUGAACGUCGGGCGAAAGCUGAAGAAGUUUUGGAAGAAACGGAAGAAGUCAUUUCGCCAAUCUCUGCGCCGUGUACCCGAGGAGGUCGAGGAACAACAAGAGCUGGUGGAGCCUUCGCAAGAGGAUGCCAACAGAAACGUCCGACAAAGACCGCAGAUUCAACAGGAGGUCAAAGACGACGAAAGUCGCCCAAUCUCCGAGAAGCAAGACGAAGCUCCUCCUUCCAGCGAGUAUGGGCCAGAGAAACAGAGGAACGCCUUGUUGCCAGGAGAAGAGGCGUGUCUGGCCGAAGCCUUCAACGUCUUCAUCGACUACUGCCUGGAGCUGCUGCACAAGCACCGGGACCUGUUUCCCAUGACACACGUGGAGGCCGAGCACAAGCUAGCCCACUUGCUCAAGUGCUUGGCCCUCAUUUACCGCAUGAAGGCCUUCCAGUGGUGCUGUCCCUUUCGGAACCAACUCAGCGUCGAGAUUGUGAAUACUUUGAAGAAAGGCUGCGUGGAUUGGUUCCGUUGCGUUCACGCUCUGCAUCAGCCAACUGUCCUGACUGAGCAGACUGUGCUCGCUAGCCUCACGGAACUCACGAAUGCGUUGAAUGUGGACCUACACAAAGGCAUCAAGCAUUACAACACCGUGUUUGAGAAAUACGUGGGUGUCAACUACACGGCUGUUGUCUACAAGCAGCUGGAUAAACUGAGUGGAGCUGGCCUCCCAGCGAAGGUCCAGGAAGUGUGCGGUCAGGUGAACACGGUCGACUCGGCGGCCCAAGAUCUGUCGGCCGAACACAUCUCCAUGGGGGCCGCCCUCUUCGAGCUCUACAUGGCCCUGCAGGAGUUUGUGCGCUUCAGGGAACACCUGCCACGCGAGGACUGGGACCAGUUGUCGAUCCAGAACUUCCACUUGUGGUUUGCGGACUCCGUGCAAGGAUGGUUUGCCGUGGCAAAAGUGAAGGCUCGACAACGGAUACGGAAAGCGCUGGAGUUGGACAGGAUCAAGUUUGUCGACUCGUUCGUGCAACACAGCACUUCUGCGGUAGACACCACGACGUGUUUUGUUCAGAUCAAGGAGUUCUGGAGGCAGCUAGCGUGGCCGGAUCUUCAAGGCUCUUACCCCUUUGUCUUCAAGAUAUUAGAGGCCGUUUGCGACGGCGCCAUGUUCUAUGCCAACCUGUGCCAUCAGAAGCUGCUCAACGCCGGCUACUACGACGAAGAAGGACAGUUCGACGUCUCGGAGGAGGUGUGCAUCGUGAUCAACAACAUGGAGCACGUGCGGCGUGCCCUGCGUCCCCUGCACGAGGAACUAGACCUGGACCACAUCGUGGGUGCCAUCGAGGUCUCGGAAGGGGACCGGCAGGCCGACAAGUGCAGGGCCGCCUUCCAGGGCCUGCUGCACGGCGCCGAAGAGGACGUCGUCCACAAGAUUCUCACAAUCAUCGCGGGACUUUCGGAAAAGAUGCGUCCGGAAAUUAAGAAGUUCCUCUUCCACUUGGCGUGGGCUCCAGAGAGGCUUGACGCUGACAGUGCACUUGGACCUCUAGUCGACUACCUGGACACGAAUCUCAAGACGCUGUACCAGAGUCUCAUGCGCGUCAAUUUCUACCGGACGCUGGAGGCGGUCUGGAGGGUGGUCCUCCAAGAGCUCACUCUUACUGCCAGGAACAACCUUGGGGAGCGGGCGGGCUUCUUCCAGCGGCUCUUCUCGUCUCUGGGAGUGCUGCUGGAGUUCUUCCACGCGGAGGACAAGGGCCUCUCGCUCAAGUCCCUGCACAGCCUCCCGUAUCAGGAUCUAGACCGGCUGCUGAAGCUGCACAAGGCGGACACCACGGACCUCGUGGAACUCUACUGCCUGCACAGGCUCGAAGAGCAGAACCGGCAGAUCCAGCAGGGCGCCAGUCCCUACGGAUGGCUCACCGUGCGACUCGGCUACAACGCGGCCGCCGAGUGCCUCUGCGUGGACGUUAUGAACGCCCGCGACCUGCAGCCCCUGGACCCAAACGGUUACAGUGACCCCUUCGUCAUCCUGGAGAUACUGCCCAGGCACCUGUUCCCGGACUGCCCCCAGCAGAGGACGAGGGUCCAGAAGAAAACCCUCUUCCCACUGUUCGACGAGAGCUUCGAGUUUUCCGUUGCGCAGGAGCGUUGCCGGCAGGCUGUGGCGCUGCUGAGCUUCACCGUGAUGGACCACGACAUGAUGACCCGGAACGACUUCGAAGGCGAGGCCUUCUUUGCCCUGGCGGCCGUGCCGGGCGUCGAGGAGAGUCCCCCCGUUGCUCCCGCACAGCCCGUUGACCUGCCCCUUGUCCAGCCCAGAGAAAAAAAUGAGAUCCUCUGCGCCCUGGAAAGCCGCACUUGGGAUAAGGAGGCCCAGGAGUUUGUGAAACAGCAAAAGAAGCGCCGAUCCUGAGUCCCCUCUUCCAAACUCCCCGUGGCACCCCCAGGUCCUGCCACCUUACUGCUAAAAGCCCGCCGCCCCUCAACUGACAAGAUGCUGACCCAUCCGCGGACAAAGCGGAGCGCCCUGAGCCUUAAGUGCCCUUUUUAGUUCCUGGUGCCCCAUUCUGCACCUUAGCACGCACCGUUAUCAUUGGUACACAAGCCAAGAUGGCCGCAGAAGAUGGCGGACCAGAAUGACUGUCCAGUAUGGCCGCCUUAGAUGCCAGCCAUGAUGAUAGCUAAAGUGUGCGCUACCAUGGAGUUUACAAUUAUUGUCAUAGUAAUGUCUCUAGAAAAUUUCCUACUUCGGCCGCAGCUUCUCCGGUUUCUUCCACUGAUCGGUUUGGUUUUGUAUCUUUCUAUAUCUUAGCAUUAUGGGUGUAUUUAUGUUUUCAAGGUUUGCCGACUUGGCAACUGGAGGGCCACUUUCACAGUUUUGGGCUUGGUUGAUACAACUUUUUGUGAUCAAAUUUUAGAAAGAACUACCAUGUGACAGACAUGCGGAAUAGCACCAGUAAUGUGGGCCAUUCAAUGCUCACUAAGUAAAUUGUGGGUCGUGGUUCUAUAGGAAAACUUUCAGGCUGUACAGGGUUAUGUAUUGUUUCGUUGUGUACUUUGUUUUUUGGAACGGAAUUUCUCAAUUUAAGAAGACGCCUGGGCAAAAGAAAUGACUCCAUGGGGCCGUCGAUUUGUUAAUAUAAUGUAAAGUUGUUUCUUUUCACUGGAGCGUUUCGGGGAUGGUCUUAUGAUUAUAGCGGAUUAUACCCAAUGGGGCUACUUUCUUUCGUGUUCAGAGUAAACUAUCACUUAAGCCAUUCGGCGACGUUAGUGUUAUAAACUGAAUUAUCAGUUUUUGUAUCCUGAAGUUUUAUCUUACGCUUGGCUACACUCUGUCUGGCCAAGAGGUACGGGCCAAACGCUUUCUUUCAUCACAAACCACUACCCUUUGAAAGAAACAUGCGCCAAACUUUUAUGAGAACCCAACUUUUAGCUCCAAAUCGAGCUGAAAAGAAGACCAACAUUGCACCUUAGUCCCCUGUGCUAGCUUUCAGUUGACCCGCGAGGCUGCUAGUCUCGCUUCUUUGUCUUUUCGCAUACUUUGGCGCGCUUCGGUGGACAAUCGCACGUACGUCAGCAAUGUGUGGAAGAUGCACGCCCCGUUUGUGGUAUCUGUGUCUUGCGCAAGUUCCAAUCAACUAACCCGCACUCUGUUUUUAGCUCACAUAACCUGUGACAUCCUCUUGACAGCUUCACUGCGCGUGGUUGGCGCGUAACAUAUUCCCAGUACCGACAUCACGAGAUAUGUGCUCAUUUGUAAUACCUUUAUUGUUUUAAUAUUAUUGAAAUAAAAGAAGACUAGUCCUUUAAGCAGACUGCAACCUGGCGCCCGCUUGCGGAGCGGCUGAGGAUGAUUACAUCUAGUUGAAUGCAAACGCUCUCAACAAAGAGACUAGCUUUCAGGUACCGCGAUUUACUUUUCUACUUACUUGUUGGCCAUAGACUUCAUUCAAAACUCGGUGUGACCUGCUAAAUUUGUUUUUUUUUUUUUUAUUUAGGUGCAGUCUGCUCCAAUUAUGGUAUAAAUGAUAAUGGCCUUCGGAAGUCAUUGCUCUAAAUAGUUCAUAUAUUUUAGAGCUUCGAAUCUUAAAAUCAGCGGCAUGUACUCCAUGUCAUUGCAGCUGUGACGUUGAGCAUCGAGCGCCAGUACAAUAAUUUCCAUAUACGUCAUACAAGUACUUUUCAGUGUCGUACACCAUAGUAGUAACAACAUAAAAUAAAAUAUUUCUACUGAUGGCUUAAAAAAAGCCCUUCAAAACGAAGCAACACGUGUCCUUUGGACCUGACCCUUGACCAUAGGCCGUUCUUGACCGCAGUUAGAGCUGCCAAGACGAAAAAGAAUCGCAUGAACUGCACCCUCUCGGUUAAUUAGACAGCUGACUGCCGGGCCUGUGGAAGGAUGACAUAGUGGCAAAGCAAUGCAGACAGUACUGCUUAUCCACGGUCACUCUUUCUACGGAGUCGCAUGCCGGUUUGGUUUACAGGGAUUCUUAAGAUAUGCGGUUAGAGUUGGCGCCAUUGUGGCGAGUGCUUUUUCUCUGCGUUGUGCGGGUUGUGAGAUUUAUAUAAAAAAAUAUGUGAAAGGGGAAGGCGAAACUAAGGCUCAUAUACGCACUAAAAGGUAACGCGGUUCAUUUUUCGAAAGAGUCCUCUUGACCUGCUCUUCGCUCAAGAAUGGCGGCGUGCAGCCACUGGAAAAGAGAGACGCCGGCCACUCACGGCGUCACAUGAACGCAUGUGACACCUUGAUUGGUUGGCACCAUUUGAUAAAGAAUGGCUACGUGAAACCAAGAAAGAGGACGAGGGAGGCGCUGGCCAAUGCCGGCGUCACAUGAACGCAUAUGACGCAGUGGCUGGUCGGUGUCUUUGCUCAAAAAUGGCGGCGAGCAGCCAAGAGAGAGCAAAGCGACGGCCAUUCUUGCGUCACAUGAAUGAACUUAACGCAUUGGUCGGCGCCUUUGCUCAAAAAUGGCGGCGAGCAGCCAAGUGAGAUAGAGGCCGGAAGGACGGAAAACUACGCGAACAGUGAAGAAUCGCGUUGCUAUUUCGUAUUGAGGGCUUUAGGCCAAAUGACUCAGCCAUCUUCCUCGAAGUCGAUUCCCUAAAGAAUUAGAAGAGAAACUUGGAGAUACCGACCACGGUAGUGUGUAGGAACGCAACAACCCGUCCUCGGACGCCUUCAGCCACGCCGACACGGUCCGGAUGCCAGGGACCCUAGUGCUGACGCCACACCACUUGACUAUUGCGCUUCAGCAGCGAUGUACAUAAUUUUUCGAGAUAUCAGCAGUAUGCAGCAUUGACCUUGAACGAUGUCUCUGCGGCUGACUGCGUUAUAUACACUUACCAAUAUAAACUAUAGCGUUUCUGUAGAACACGCGUCUGGGUAACCUUCGAGGUGCAAUCUGCACAAUGAGAUGUACCCACUCUCACUCUUUGAGAUCUUCAUUCAUCCAUUUUUUGUGGUCUCCGCACUUUCUACCAGUAAAUAACCUUUCAUAUUAGAAAAAGAAGGAUCCAGACCUUUCUAUUGGUUGUUAUUUCUUAAAUGAUAUUUUGGUUUCUUGACUCCGACUUUCCAGACUUUAUCCUCCUUUUCACCGGGAACUUAGAUUGUCAUGAGGCAACUAAAACGCAGUCUGGAUGAUUUUAUUUUUUCAACUUGGAGAGUGGCAGUCUGAUUUGAUAAAGUAGUACGUUUCCACUGAGCCUCUACGGCGUUCAGGCGAUACUUUACUUAUUAGUACACAAUCUUGACUUACUAACUACUAUGUCGCAGUGUUGAAUGAGUCUAUGAUUGACAUGGCCUUUUUAACGAGACUCUGCUUCCCCAACAUGUAUUCGCGAGUACUGGGAUUUCCACCUGAGCUCCAAGUUUUUCCUAUUUCCGUAUUCUGAUAGGACGCCGGUUCAGCCAUAAAAAAAGUAUGUAUUACCGUCAAGUUGUACGAACUUCCCUGCCACUGUCCUAGUGCUACUCAGCGUUACUAGAUCAGCUCAUUUAUAGUACUGCCCAUGGACGCUGGUUUCAUGUGCGAUACACCCCCCCUUUCUCCCCAAAGGCUCGCCUCCCUUCGUUCGAAGCGGCACGAUUUUGAAGACGGCUGUUUGGGUAACUAGAAUGUACUCGAUAGAACGCACAUGCCUUAAAGCAGUGUGUAAAUGCCGCUUCACCGUAGCGUCUCCAAUG